UUACCUUUAAAUUAAAGUCACCAAUUCUACAAUUGUCUGCUAAUAGCAGUGCUGCAAUACCAUCAUAUAAAGAUAUAAUAUUUUUUGAAAAUAUGUUCUUCAGUAGGAAAGUCUUGCAUCUUCACGUAUACGAUAUAAAGAUAUAAACGCAUCACCAUCACUACAAAAUAAUCGGGUCGGCUGUUGCUUCACUCAAUAUCUUCUGAUUCGUCAACUUAGUUCACUAUUCAGAAUGGAUUCCUCAGUCAUCGUCCCAACAUGGACACCCGGGUCAAGCCCCGAACAUUCUUCUCAAAACCAUCAGCCUGAAGCAGCUGAGAAUGACAACUUGGAAAUUGAAAGCAUGGUUUCUGGACGAGUCGGUUCCUAUGAUGAAGCGCCGUCUUUCAGGAUUGAGAUAGAACCAGGUGAUGGCGUUUUCUUGACAUGGGCUGAUCUUUGGGUGACUGUUUCUAAGGGGAGAAAGGGAAGCAGGGCGAUCUUACAAGGGCUCACUGGGUAUGCUGAGCCAGGGAAGAUGUUAGCCAUCAUGGGACCUUCAGGGUGUGGCAAGUCAACCCUUCUUGAUACACUGGCAGGAAGACUACUAAGUUCGCGUAUUCAUCAAACAGGGGAGAUCCUAGUUAAUGGUCGCAAGGAAACGCUUGCUUUUGGAACUUCGGCUUAUGUUACUCAAGAUGAUGCUCUAGUGACAACGCUUACAAUAAGGGAAGCUGUUUUCUACUCAGCACAACUUCAGUUGCCUGAUUCCAUGUCAAUAUCUGAAAAGAAAGAAAGAGCUGAGAUGACAAUAAGAGAAAUGGGGUUGCAAGAUUCCAUGGACACUAGAAUCGGAGGGUGGAGCACCAAAGGACUUAGUGGAGGACAAAAGCGAAGAGUUAGCAUUUGUAUUGAGCUCUUAACAUGGCCUAAGCUUCUCUUCCUUGACGAGCCCACUAGUGGACUAGACAGUGCAGCAUCCUACCAUGUUAUGAAUCGAAUUGUGAAGCUAGCUCACCAACAUAAAAGGACUGUAAUUGCAUCCAUUCAUCAACCUAGUAGUGAAGUUUUUGAGCUUUUCCAUAAUCUUUACCUUCUCUCCUCUGGCAAAACAGUUUAUUUUGGUCCUAUUUCAAUGGCUGAGAUGCUUUUUGCUAUAAAUGGAUUCCCUUGUCCACCUUUAAAGAACCCAUCAGAUCAUUAUCUUAAAACCAUCAACAAAGACUUUGAUGAGGACAUAGAGCAAGGAAUAGGUACCAAUAACACAGAGGAAAUCAUCAACACACUUGUCAAGUCUUACAAGUCAUCAGAGAUAUGGAAACAAGUUCAUCAUAAUGUAUUAAAGAUAUCCCAACAAAAAGGAUGGCCUCUAGAGAGCAAAGGAAGCCAAGCUAGCUUCAUUACCCAAAGCAUUGUUCUUACGAAGAGAUCUUUUAUUAAUAUGUAUCGCGAUUUUGGGUACUACGUGCUUCGCUUUGUAAUGUAUUGUGCAUUAUGUUUAUGUAUUGGGACUAUCUUCCAUGAUAUUGGCUACAGCUACAAUUCUAUUCAGGCUAGAGGAUCCAUGCUCUCGUUUGUUUCGUCAUUCUUGACUUUCAUGGCAAUAGGAGGAUUCCCUUCUUUUGUUGAAGACAUGAAGAUCUUUGGUCGGGAAAGACUGAAUGGACAUUAUGAGGUUGGAGCAUUUGUUAUUGGAAACACAAUUUCAUCCAUCCCCUACUUGUUUUUAAUCUCAUUAAUCCCAGGAGCACUAGCUUAUUACUUGGUUGGACUUCAGAAGAAUUUUGGUCAUUUUGUCUAUUUUGUCUUAUUGCUCUUCAGUAGCAUGACGGUGGUCGAGAGCAUAAUGAUGACUGUUGCAAGCAUUGUGCCAAAUUACCUCAUGGGAAUCAUUACAGGAGCUGGUAUCCAAGGGAUAAUGCUUUUAAAUGGUGGUUUCUUUCGGUUACCUAAUGACCUCCCUUACCCAAUUUGGAAGUACCCCGUGUACUACAUCGCAUUUCACACGUAUACAAAUCAAGGAUUCUACAAAAAUGAAUAUGAAGGAUUGAGUUUCAACAACGAUCGAGCUGGGGGACCUCCUACCAUUAGUGGUGAUGAAGUCUUGAGAAACUAUUGGCAAGUUGACAUGGGAUACUCUAAAUGGGUUGAUCUUGCAAUCUUGGUUAGCAUGGUGGUUAUAUAUCGUUUCACGUUCUGGGGAAUUAUUAUCAGUGCUGAAAAGGUUAAGCCUAUUCUCAAAUACUAUAUGUCAGUCUCUCCUAAACAAUCAAGUCUGAUACUAGAAAACUCUACUCCUAUUUCUUCACAACAAGAAAUGGUUUGAAAUGUUAUGUAUUAAGUAUUUAUAUAGCUAUGGCUUUGUAUAAGUUUGUAUUUGAAUAGAACUUAACUACCUUCCUUGUCUGGCAUAAA